AUGCCUUUCUCUAUCUCUUUGCGGCAGGCCGCAGUCGCCAUUCUCCUGGCAAACUCUGUCGCUACUGCGCAGUUCAGUGACAACACCAACGACGAGCUCACUGCCAGAUCGGAUCUCCAGGACAAGCGAGGUCUCUACGACUACGUUGACAGCAUUGUCAAGCGUGUGGGCGGUGGUGAUCCCUUCGCUUCAGCAGCCGCAGCCGAUCCCGCUGCUGCAGCAUCUGGCACGGCUGCCGCCCCAGCUCCCCCUGCUGGUACGCCGCCUCCGCCUCCAGCGCCGCCGGCCAACGGAGCUGCCCCUCCACCGCCUCCGGCAAACGGUGCCGCACCGCCUCCCCCUCCGCCAGCAGCAAAUGGCACAUCACCUCCUCCACCCCCGCCUCCGCCGCCUCCAGCCAACGGAACUGCUCCUCCUCCACCACCGCCUCCCCCGGCAGCCAAUGGUUCCGGAGCUCCUCCGCCACCGCCUGCCAAGGCUGAUGCCGGUGCUCCUCCCGCUGCUGCUCCUCCGCCUCCUCCUGCCGGAAACGCUACCGCGCCGCCGCCGCCUCCCGCCAACGGUGUUGCUCCCCCACCACCUCCUGCCAACGGUGCUGCCCCGCCACCGCCGCCUGCCGCUGGAAACGCCACCGCAGCUGCACCUCCUCCUGCUAAGGACGCCAAAGCUACCAAAGCAAAUGGAAAGGGUAAGGGUGCUGCCGUAGCCCCUCCUGCUGCCUCUGCCCCCGCUGCUGCCCCUCCGGCCGCUCCCCCGGCUGCUCCCCCGGCUGCUCCCCCGGCUGCUCCUCCGGCUGCAUCUGCUCCGGUUGCUGCCCCUGCUGCUCCCCCAGCUGCGUCCGCUCCAGCUGCGGCGAAAGGCAACGUUGCCGCCGCCGCCGCGCCAGCUGCCAAGAAGAACGCCAAGACCAACUUGAGGUUUGCUCGACGGGCAUUGGCCCUCUAG